UUGCACGCCUGUCUUUUCCAAUCACUUCUUUCUUACCUUUGGGUCCCCUUUUGGCCCUUGCGGCGCUGACCGUCGGCCACCGUGGUUCAAUGCUCGGGAGAAACCCAGAAUGAAUAACUAAGAAGUAUCGCCGCUCAGUGAAGUGAUGACGGAUGCGCACGUCAUGGGAAGUCUUCUUAUUGGACCUGUCUCUUGUCACGACCUUUUUUUUGCCCUCUCUAAAUCACAAAUUGAACAGUUCUUUCGGUCAGACCAAAUGGUACUUUUGUUUUUCUUUCUUUUCAUUCCUACUGGCUCCGAUUCAGGAAGGACUGGGCCAAAGUACGCGAGGGAGGAGAAGGGGAAACCCAGAAACAAAGGAUUUUACUUCAGCUGAGGCUGUCAAAUAUCUCCGACCGACUCCAUUCCAUCUACUCCGUACCUAACUCAUACAUAAGUAUGCUUCCUAUCUAUCUAUCUG